CAGCACCUAAUAUCGUUAGGUUUCACGCUGAUUAAGAGUAAGACGAUUUAAAUAUCCUGAAAGUCGUUGCAUGGAGAAUUUUGAAAAACGUUUCCCGUCGAGCAGCUCCAAUAACGCUCCGUCAUACAGCUGUCAAAGUUUAUCUCCGCCCAAUUUCUCUCCGCCGCCGUUUCAGCUCCCCGCACCGUUUUUAGUCAGAUCCCCGCGUCACACUUCCAACAAACAGAAAAAAGAGCCAAAAAGUUCAUCGCGAACAUAUAUCCAACAUCACGAAUUAAGAUUAAAUCAUCGAUCUAGGCCGUCUUUACCCUUUUUUUUUGCACGGUACAGCUAAAUCACACUCAGAACCUUACUAAACCCUCUACCCUCACAAUCAUACCCGAUGUUGAUGACAUUCGUGAAUAACGAUGCCAAAACCGACAAACUUCAGAAAGCAUCCCCUCAAAAAGCAUCUCUUCAGAAAGCAUCCCUUCAGAAAGCAUCCCCUCAGAAAGCACCUUCCCAGAGUCACAGAAAAAAGGACCCAGUGUCUGACUCGGCCUCUUCCCUGCUGGUUCCAACUCCACAAAACCAUAUAUUUGUUGCACCUAUUACCACCAAAGCAGAUCUAUCGUCACAGAUGGCCCUCCAGUCUUCAUUCUACGUAAACCCAUCGCUGGAUACCCCAACGAGCCUCUCUUCCACUACAUUCGACUACCACAACGGAACUCACAAGAGACGCUCCAAGUCCGGGUGCGUCACAUGCAAGAUUCGCAAGAAAAAGUGUGAUGAGUUAAGGCCAACCUGUGGUGACUGCCAACGAUUGGGCAAAGCAUGCGUGUGGGUGGGAAAAGACAUGUCAGAGAGCGAGAUCCAGGAUUUGAAGCGCAAAGUGGAAACCUUCGAAGAUGGAAACAAAACUCGGAAACGAGCGCACAGCAUCAAGAACCCAGAUGAAAUGCCCGAAAAAGAAAGGGCGAGCAAGAGAACGAAGGUUCCGGGAUCGAAAAAUCCGGGUAGUGGGAAUGAAGGGAACCCAGAGGCAUCCCUAUUUUCUCCGUUUUUUGCUACAACUGGACUGCCCUUACCCAGCUUGUCUCCUCUCUUGAAUCCGCAGACUGGUUCCCCAUUCUUCUACAGCGGCACAAACCUGCACUCUAAACCAGACGACGAGGGAAUUCACUUUGGAAUCACCCCGUCCCCUUCAGCCUUAAACCUUCAAGAUUUUAGCAAGGGUGGCUCGACCUCUUUGAGGAAAGGUCACCACCACGCAGCCCACAUGCUGCCAACAUCGUUAUUGCGUGAGUUCCAAUACGCACCUGACACGUCCAACGGCCCGGUUCAGGAUUCGGUGGCAGUGAAUGGCCUUCCUGAGAAAGCUGAGGAAAUUGAAGAAAUCAACGAACCACACGAGAUCCCUGAUACCUGUUAUUUAUCAUACCCUUCGUCCCCAAUGUCGCUCUCCUGGAUCAUGGACUAUUCCCACCCCGAGGGGACUUGUUUUGAGGCGGCGGGUGCUUCUCCAAUGUCCAGGUUUCUCCAACUACCACCAUCUGAACAUGCUGGCCAGGAAAGAUAUGUUGGCCAGUUUGAUUACCCGAUAUACUCUCAACCCUCGGUAUCUAAAACGUUGUCUCAGUCGCUCGAUCCAGUGGGGGUGGCAUUGUAUCAACACUACAGAGACAAGGUUGCCAAAAUGGUGUGCAUUAUCCCUCAGCCGGAAGCGAACUUCUAUUUAAAGACCUUUUUGCCAAUGGCCCACGUGGAUAAGGGGGUUUUAUAUGCCAUCAUCGCUUGGUCCGCUUUUCAUCUUGGGGGAGAGCAGUAUGAGUCACAGGGAAGGAGGUAUACUGAAAUGUCCCUAAAGCAUAUCCAGCAAGCGAACACCACGGGAACGCCUAAGGCGUCCGCGCGCAAUAGCCAGAUCAUCAAGCUAGCGAAUUUGUUGAUUCUCUCCAGUGCCGAAAUCUGCCAUGGUGAUGUCAAGAAGUGGAGUGUGUAUUUGGCAUGGGCGUAUGCGUUGAUCAAGAACAAUAUCGGAGGGUUGCACCACUUGAAGAACAGUGGCGAUUCAGACCAGGAGUGGCUAGCCGCAAAUUUCGCCUACCAUGAUGUCAUGGCAUCUUCCAUCAGUGAGAGGGGCACAUAUUUCCCCAUUGAAGACUAUGAUGACUUGGAUUUUGAAGGGGGCGGUAGGACCCUUUCUCACACUAACGCCAUGCAGCCACACAGCAUGGCGGGCGUAAACCCACUCCAUGGGAUCUGCAAACCCUUAUUCAAUGUCAUUGGUGAAAUUUCCACGUUUAGUCUUGAGGUAAAGAAGGUUUUAAAGGGCAGCCAUUGGUUACCGGAUGGCAGCACCUGCAGCACCCGGUCUUCCUUGCAAUAUGACGAUAGUGGUAGCAAUUCCUCGUCUAGUAGCAAGACCUCUCCAAAAAACACCGGAAACGACCCUCGUAAUAACUCCGCCCCUCAGACUGGCUACUCGAUGUAUGACGAUCCCAACUGUGGCUUCCAACCGAUGAGACCCCAGUCUCCAUCAUCGCUCUUAAACAGGGUAUACGGAUCCUUGGACGACGGCGGCAUGCCACCCGAAAAGCCCAACCAGGAUAAUUCCUUUGCUAAACUUGAGUCUUUGUUCGGUGGAUUCCCAGAAGAAACCCAUGAAUACAAUGGCCACAGUAUUUUGGAGAAUGACGAGAUUAACAAACAGGAUGUGAUUCGUUUCGCCUUGCAAAGAUCUAAAAUCUUGGAAGCUAAAAUCGACAAAUGCAAACCUACAGCUAACAGCUUGGCGACUAUCAGUGGUGCGAAUCUCCAAUGGCAGUUGACCUUAUUUGAAUUGAUGCAAGCAACAGCUAAGCUCCACCUUAGACAGUCAAUCCUCAAAAUUAAUUCUUCGUGCUUGGAGACUCAGAUGCUAUUGCACGAUGCGUUGAAAUACAUUGACGUGAUCAUAACCACGCCAUUGAACAGUUCCCUUUGCUUUCCUAUCUUCAUCGCUGGGAUCAACUGCGUCUCGAAAACUGACCGGAACACCAUGCGUAAACGGUUCGAGAAAUUGUACAAGGACUGCAAGGCAGGGAAUAUCCAACGAAUCAAGAGUGUGAUGGAAAAGGUGUGGUCGAAAAAUCCAAACGGGGACACAAUCAUUGAUUGGUUUUCGAUUGUCAAGCGGUUGGACUGGGAUUUGAGCUUUGCAUAAAAGGAUUUGUUUGUCUAUAGUAAUGUGUAUGAUUCCACUUUUGCCAGUCAACACACAAUAUUUGAGAUUAGGAUACGGGAAUAAUCCUCUAUUUAUAUAGCUA